AAUUUAACGACAUACAAACAUGGCGCAAAGUUUGAGCGGCUAUCCGAUAGCUCCGCUUUCCCUCAUAUUUCACGGGAAACAACAACAUCGUCUUUGUCAUCAAUGCUGCCUCUCUCUUCUAUCAGCUUUUCUUUCCUUUCUUUUCACUUCUCUCUGUCUACUUUUCAUAUGAUCAUUUCUUCGCCAUUACUUUUUCUUUUCCUUUAGAGUCAAUGCCUUUGAUCUCUUUCCAUUUGUUUAAAAAGCCAUGAUUGAUUGAUUGAUUGAUUUUUCUCUUGCUUUUUUUUACCAGUUUCGAAUUACACUGUAUUUGGUUGAGCUUAGGAUCUGUGGAUCGCCAGUGUGCUGAUUUUUCAGGUCGUUGGAAGACAAUGGAGAAGAAGAAGUAUCCGAUUGGGUCAGAGUUUUAUUCUUUGUACGAAGAGGUCGGGCAAGGCGUGAGUGCUUCGGUACAUCGGGCUUUGUGUAUUCCAUUUGAGGAAAUCGUCGCAAUCAAGAUUCUUGACUUUGAACGCGAUAAUUGUGAUUUGAGUAACAUCUCUCGUGAAGUGCAAACAAUGAUCUUGGUUGACCAUCCAAAUGUUCUGAAAUCACACUGCUCCUUUGUUAGCGAUCAUAAUCUGUGGGUUGUUAUGCCAUACAUGGCUGGGGGUUCUUGUCUUCACAUAUUGAAGGCUGCUUAUCCAGAUGGUUUUGAGGAGGUAGUGAUAGCAACAGUACUACGUGAGGUAUUGAAGGGCUUAGAGUAUCUUCAUCAUCAUGGACACAUACAUCGAGAUGUUAAGGCGGGAAAUAUUCUCAUUGAUUCACGUGGUGCUAUCAAACUGGGAGAUUUUGGUGUUUCUGCUUGCCUCUUUGAUUCAGGUGAUAGGCAACGCAUGAGGAAUACAUUUGUGGGAACACCUUGCUGGAUGGCACCUGAGGUCAUGGAGCAGUUACACGGAUAUGAUUUCAAGGCUGAUAUUUGGUCUUUUGGGAUAACUGCUCUAGAGCUUGCUCAUGGGCAUGCUCCAUUCUCAAAAUAUCCUCCAAUGAAGGUAUUGCUUAUGACUUUGCAAAAUGCACCCCCUGGCCUGGAUUAUGAAAGAGACAAGAAGUUCUCUAAGUCUUUUAAGCAGAUGAUAGCUAGUUGCUUGGUAAAAGAUCCUUCAAAAAGGCCUUCUGCAAAGAAGUUGUUGAAGCAUUCCUUUUUUAAGCAAUCCAGGUCAAGUGAUUACAUAUCAAGGACACUUUUGGAGGGAUUGCCUGCGCUUGGUGAUCGUAUGAAAGCAUUAAAGAGAAAGGAAGAGGAUAUGCUUGCACAGAAGAAGAUGCCAGAUGGGCAGAAGGAGGAAAUAUCACAGAAUGAAUAUAAACGAGGAAUUAGUGGUUGGAAUUUCAAUCUUGAAGAUUUGAAAGCUCAAGCUUCCCUGAUACAAGAUGUUGAAGACCCUAUAGCUGAUAAUAAUCUGGUGGGAAGCUCCAGUUCAUCACUUGCAAUCAAUGGGCUUGAGAAGCAAUUAGAGUCCCAACAAUGUCCCUCGGGACAAGUUGCAGAAAAGGACAAUAAUGAUCUGAAGCAAAAUCGACCCACUCCUCUUCCAUCAGUUAACUCAUCUGUAAAUAUUACGAAAUUUAUAUUUGAAAAAUCUGAUGAUGACUCCAGCAUUGCAAGUCCAUCUUGUGAACAAUAUGUUUCACAGGAUACAUCGCCCCGACGAGAUGAUAAUCUGGAAAACAAUGUGACUGGAAAACCUAUUUUUGAGAUCAGUGUAAAAUCAAUGGAGCGCAUACCUUCUCUACAGAAAACAGGAAGUCCAUCAGGUGGCUCUACUUUAGCAGAAAGUAUUAUUCCUCAUAAAGGAGAAAGUGAUAAGUUGCAAAAUCAACGACAAAAUAAUUCAAGUCCAGAGUGUAAUGAUGUGCCUUCUGAAAUUCCUUCUAAAGCAUCUAAACUAUCAGCACCAAACAAUGAUGAACCUGAUGAGAAAGCAAAACCCCCAGUUGUUCAGCAAAGGGGACGUUUCAAAGUUACUUCCGAGAAUGUUGGUAUAGAAAAGGUGACUCCAAGUCCUAUAUUGCAAAAGAGCCAUAGCAUGCAGGUUGGUAGGUCUGAGGUGCUUCACCAACAUACUACACUUUCUAUACCAAUAUCAGCACCAUCUGAUGCCACAUCAUCAACUCUUUCUGGUCAUUCUCUGUUUCCACUGCUAAAUUCUGUUUUGCAGACAAAUAUUCAUCAAAGGGAUACUAUUCUUAAUCUAAUGAAGCAAGUUUCAAAUUGUGACACUCCAGCUAAUCGUCCCGUUGAUGGAGGAUCCACGCUGGCACAAGUAGGUUCCUCAGAGAGGUCUUUGCUAGAAGCAGCUCAUGAUAGGGAGAAAGAGUUACUUCAUGAAAUAACUGAUUUGCAGUGGAGGCUUAUAUGUGCUCAAGAUGAACUCCAAAAAUAUAGAACAGAAAAUGCUCAGGUAUGAUUUCGGAUUUGACCUCGCACCGGGAUGGUGAUUAUCGAACAACUUUCACAAAACCCAUUACAAAAUGCAGAUGAAUGAGAGAAAGGAAAACACAGAUGACCAACAGAUACAUGAUUAAGUAUUAUUGUUAGCUCAUUAUUAUUUGUAGCAUAGGUUUGUUUUGGUAUUUUUUAGGAGGAGAAUGUUAGUUGUUACGCUGCUUGUGCAGAUUCAUCAAUGGUACUAUUAAUUGUACAUGAUUUAUAUUAUCUUAUCCAGGCCAACUUGGGAGUUGUAAAUAUAUACCUUUGAGCUUAGAAGUAGGCAACUAAACGUAUUCUAUACUGACUUGGGUAACAAAAUGUGUAUUGUCGUUUUCUUUCU